AUGAUAUUUGCUCCAAUUACCGGAAGAAAUCAUCAUCGACAAUGCAUUACAUUUGGUGCUGCAUUUUUGUGUGAUGAGAAAACUGAAUCCUUUACUUGGUUGUUUGAGAAGUUCUUAGAAGCAAUGGGUGGUCAUAAACCUAGAUGCAUAAUCACCGAUCAAGAUCCAGCAAUGAAAGCUGCAAUAAAAAAUAUAUUUGAUACCUCUUCUCAUCGAUUUUGCAUGUGGCAUAUUUUAAAAAAAGUUUCUGAGAAGGUAGGUGGAAGUCUUAAUAGUAACGAGGAUUUUCAAGAUAAAUUUAAAUCAUGUGUGUGGCAAUCAGAGACUCCAGAGGAAUUUGAGCAUAGUUGGACACAAGUUGUUAAUGAGUUUGAGCUCACAAAAAACGAGUGGUUCUCUUCUAUGUACGAGAUACGACACUCAUGGAUACCUGCAUACUUCAAAGACUUGUUCUUGGCUGGUUUAUUUAGAACAACUUCUAUUUCUGAAAGUGAAAAUUCAGUAUUUGGUAGUCUUACAGAUAAGUGGCUCAAUUUGGUUGAAUUUUGGGUUCGAUAUGAAAGUAUUAUCGACAGGCAAAGGCAUAACAAAAAAAAAUCUGAUCAUGACACAUCACAUUCACUUCCUAUAUUGAAGACAAAUCAUAGUAUAGAAAAGCAUGCAAGAGAUAUUUAUACUCAUGCAAAUUUUUAUGUCUUUCAAAAGGAAUUUUGGUGUUCUUGUAUGUAUUGUGGAGUUAAGGAGACCAAAGAGGAAAAUGGAAAUAUAAUAUUUGAAGUUCAUGACAAUGGCAUUCCAUGUCGUCAUAUUCUUUGUGUUUUCAAGGGCAGAGGAAUUGAUGCAAUACCAUCAUAUUAUAUUGUUCACAGAUGGACUAAAAGUGCAACUUGCUCACUUAUAUUUGAUAUGGAUACUGUUGUAGAUGAAGGUUGUUCUCAAAUUCAACUUGCUAAUAUAGAAAUAUCUGAGUUAUGGAAAGAUUUUCAUGGUUGUGCAGAAUUGGUCGGUUAUGAUAUUGAUAAAAUUCGUGUUUUAAGGAAUGGGAUCAUAGAUUUAAAAAAAUCUUUGCUCGAGAGUACCAAUGUUUGUGUAGAUAACAAGACAAAUGAUUUGGAAGCAUAUGUGGAGUCUACCAUUCCAGUGAAAAUUGAUAUUCAUCCACCAAAGCAUUCAAUAACUAAAGGAAGUGGCAAGAGAAUUCCAAGUGGGAAAGAGAAGGCUAUUGAAGAUAAGCAAAAGCGACAGAGACUCUGUAAAUCAUGUGGAAAAUAUGCACAACAUGAUAGUCGCAAUUGCCCUAUGAAAGAGGCUUGA